CUUUAAAAUAGUUUUAUGUGCCACUCCCACUCCACGAUUCCCACUCAGCUGUUACUGUAAAUCGCUCCCAGUCUCCACAUGGCGCUAUCCAUUCCCAGAUCCCGCGCAGGAGGACUCGAUUGUUGCCAUGAAUCGGACUGAUGACCACCUCGUCCGUCACCUGUGAGCAGCUUGUUGCGCAGCUGCUAUUUCCCACCUCCUCUGUGGUCCAUCGCCGCAGCCAGACAGUCGCUAUUUCACUACGACGAAACGCUGUAGCUGCUGAUCUGAGUCUCAGCGCCUGGAGGUAUUUUCUGUCUCUCAGGGAGGACAGCUGGAUGACUUUCUGUGAGCGACCAACUUUUUUUUUUUUUUUUUUAAAGAGAUGCAGCCGAACGCCGCGGCCUUGUGGGAUCAUCUCCCUCACCUUCCUGUUUGGGUUUUACAUGAAGUACGACAAGUCUGAAUUCAACGAGCCUCAUUAAUAUGAGAAGAGGGGCAGGGGAUGCGAGUCAUGAGCUGGACGCGUCCUUUCCACGGACUGGACUGGAGCCAUAGCCUAUUCUAUCUGACUUUACUACUGUGGACCAGGCGCAUGAACGGACUGGCUGAUUUUUCAAAUUACCUUUCAAGGAUCAUCACCAGCCAGUCUGCUCACGCCUGUGACGGGACACCACUGAGACUCCACUGUCCUCGCCACUCCACCAUCUCCAUCCAGUCGGCCUUCUACGGGAGUGGUGAGGUCCGGCUGUGCACGGAGGACCCCGCAUCUGGACCCGGCAACCACAGCUGCUCAGCUUUAACCGCUCUACAGAAGCUCCUGUCUGAGUGUCAGAACCUCAGAGGCUGCCAACUACCAGUCAGUCACCUGCUGUUUGGGAAGGACCCAUGUCCUGGCAAGAACAAGUACCUCCAUGUGAAUUAUAAGUGCAAACCCUCUGAACACAAAACACAGGUGGUGUGCGAAGGAGAGACCAUGAUCUUGCGCUGCAAGACCCCCAAUGUGCUGAUCAUCUACGCAGCUGUCUACGGCCGAGGUCUGGGUCAGACUGACACCUGCCCCUCGCUCUCGGCAAGACCACCCCCAUUUGAGUGUCUGAACCACAACGCUGUGCAGGUCGUGUCCAAAUCCUGCUACAGCAAACAGAAGUGCGCCGUUACCGUUGGCAACCAGACCUUCAGGAACCCCUGCUUUCCAGGAACCAGGAAGUACCUCAGCGUGCUUUAUUCAUGUGUGCCAAAGUUUUUACUUAAAGAGGCAGACCCAAACAUACUGAGCUCCACCUCACUUCCUACUACAGAAAAAGUUCCUGCUGCAGAUCUGGAGUCAAAUAGGCCAAAUAGUUCUGGAGCAAUGAUGAGCAACUCUCUCCUGACCUACGCCUUCAUCAAAGAUCACCCAGAAAUGGCAGCGCUGCUUUUCACCUCCAGUGUGUGUGUGGGCCUGCUCUUCACACUGCUGGGUCUAUCUGUCCGAGUGACCUGCAGGGGGCGGCGGCGCAGAGAUCCCACAUUUGGAGCCAAGUCAAUCGGCCUGUCUCCCAACUGUUCUAAGCAGGAUGAUGAGGAGGAUGAAGCAGAAGAUGAUGACGACGACGAAGAAGAAACCGAGAGCUCUUUGCUCUCGACUGCAGAGAGGAAGGGGAUAAAAGGCUGGGAGGAAGUGACUUAUGUAAGCGAGGCGGCUGAGCUGGCGGAAAGGAUCGAGCGCAGAGACAUGAUCAUCCAGGAGAUUUGGAUGAACUCCUAUCUGAAUGGCAGCUCCUGCUGAAUAAAUUGUGUGGAUAUUUGUUCAGAUUCCUCACACUUCACAUUUCCAAAAAAAAA